GAAGUCAGCGUCAACUUGAUCUGCCAGCAACUCUGUGACGUGUGACGUGCUGGUCUUUGUAAACGUUUGUAAGCGCGUCAACAGCUCCCCGUCGCCUGUCAGCCGUCGGAAUACCUUGUCGAACGUCACGGGGGCAGGUCACACCUGAAAAAGCCAAGAGAUCAUCAGCACCAUGGUCGACGCCAACACCAAGGUCUACAUCGCCUGCAGCUCCGUGCUGUACCUCAAGUUCCUGCUAGCUACGGGCAUCCAGGGCGGCAAGAAGUUCCGUUCGGGCGGCCGUCCACCUGAGGAUGCCGUGCUCAGUCUGGCCAAGACCAUGGGCAAGGGCCGCAAGCAGACGUACGGCCUGGACAAGACCGACGACGAGAAGGUGCUCAAGGCCCGCGAGGCCGAGCACCGCUGGACGCGCAUCGUGAGCAACGACCUGGAGUCCAUCCCCUUCGCGCUCUUCGUCUUCGGCGGCGGCAUCCUGGCCGGCAGCAACCCCACGGUACACGCCGGUGCCAUGACCGUCUACACGGUCGCGCGCUGCUUGCACACGUACGUGUACGCGCACGCCAUGCAGCCCGCUCGCGCUAUCUGCUGGGGUGUGGGCGUGCUCGCAACCCUCGUCGGCGUCGGCAACGCUGUCGUUGCCAUCCUGUAAGCUCCGAUAGUCGUGGAAAUGCUCUGAGAAGGAGCUGGUCUGUUUACAACUAAAGGAAGAGAAUAUGAAGCGCUCUGUUUAAUGACAAUCACUUGGUGUUGAUUCA